AUGUCUGCUCCAGGAAUCCUCUCCAAAGGCAGUGCCAGCAAGGACGCCCACGUCAAGAUCGAUGCUCCCGAACAGACCAAGCGCACCAAUGAGGCUCCACCCGCUCCCAAUCAAGUCACCGCCCCCAAAGUGGACUUUGUCAUCAAGGAUGAGGUUGAAUUGUUGAGAGCCGGCAUCAUGAACAAGCAUGGAGAACAUGUCAAGGGUCAAGGCAAGUAG